GAUUCCUUAAAACCCUUUUGCUUUUUCGUUUUAGUUUUAUAGAAAUAAACAAAAGAUGGCAAGCAUGGCGGCUCAGCUUCAGAUUCGUUACUCUAAUAAUCCCAGACAAUAUCGCUGCAACAACAACAACGUUAGCGAUAGUCGAGUCGAUGCUGCCCCACCUGCAUCAAUUUCGUUUCCACAUUCUUCAUCAUCAUCAGCAUCUCUCAAUUUUAAUAAUCAAAAGCGUUCUCUAAAUCUAAAACCCAACAAUUUAUUGCCUUUUGCCGGCGGAGGCAGCGACGGCGGCGCUGGAAUCGGACGUGGCGGCGGCAAUGGAGGAGGAGGAGGAGGAGAUGGGAGCGGUUCUGGUGAUGAUUCUUCAUCGUCUAAGUCUUCUGGGGGAUUUGGGAUAUUGGGUUUGUUUUUGAAUGGGUGGAGAUCGAGAGUUGCAGCAGAUCCACAGUUUCCUUUCAAGGUUCUAAUGGAAGAGUUGGUGGGUGUCACUGCUUGUGUUCUCGGAGACAUGGCUUCUCGACCCAACUUUGGUCUCAACGAGCUCGAUUUCGUGUUCUCAACUCUAGUCGUUGGAUCCAUACUAAACUUUACUCUUAUGUAUCUAUUGGCACCAACUUUGUCUUCUUCAUCGCCUUCUUUGCCUGCCAUUUUUGCUAGCUGUCCCCCCAGCCAUAUGUUUGAGCCUGGUGCUUAUUCACUUCUCAAUCGAUGUGGGACUUUUGUGUACAAAGGAGCUGUCUUUGCGGCUGUUGGGUUUGCUGCUGGGCUUGUAGGGACUGUACUUUCAAAUGGGUUGAUCAGUAUGAGGAAGAAAAUGGAUCCCAAUUUUGAGACCCCCAAUAAGGCUCCUCCUACUCUGUUGAAUUCACUCACUUGGGCUCUUCACAUGGGGAUUAGUAGUAAUUUCAGGUACCAGACUUUGAAUGGGAUCGAGUUCUUGUUGGCUAAAGGGUUGCCUCCAUUGGCGUUUAAGUCCUCAGUGGUGGUUCUGAGAUGCUUGAACAAUGUUCUUGGUGGAAUGUCCUUUGUGAUAUUGGCUAGGUUGACAGGAUCUCAGAGCGUUGAGGAAGCUAAACCGGUUGCAGUGGAGGUGGGUUUGGUUGCAGAGAAGGAGAAGUUGAUUGAUGGGGGUAAGGAUUUGCAGAGCAAUCAGUCGACUUACAAGUGAAAGUGUUAGUUUAGUUUGGAGUUUCCAUCUUUCAUGUUUUUAGCUCUUUUUGUUAGUGAUGUUUUUGCAAUUUUCUUAUAUGCUUGGAUCAUGAUCACGGUCAAAGUUUAGCUCAUAUGAAAGUCAUAAUACUACUUACUUCUAAGUGUUUUCAUGGAGAUGAUACUUGGUAUCCCCAACUCAAUGUGUUUCGCCUGGCUCUAAUCGAAUCAAAAUGUUUUCUGUUUGA